AUGAAGUAUCAGCUUUAUGUUGUCCUCUGUUUGUAUUGCAGUACUACAUUUUGCGUAUCUUUGAACUGCGAAAGGAACUCGGAUGAAAAUUGUCUUGAGGAUUGCCAGUGGAACGAGAGUUUAAACAAAUGCGUUGAUUGUAACGUUGGAUCAUAUGGGAAAAACUGUUCCAGUCCAUGCAGGUAUCCAAAUUAUGGAAGAGAUUGUCAACAAGAUUGUUCGUACUGCAACGAAGAAUUGUGCGAUUCUACAUUAGGUUGUACGAAAAAUUAUGGAACAACACAAAGGGGUUCAAAAGCAUCAAAGGAAAUCACUUUUGGUUCAGUUCAACUUGAUUACGUGAUCAUCGGAGUAAUGGCAUCCGGGUUUUUAGUUACUUUUAUAGCCAUUGCCUAUUUGUUUAGAAGAAAAAAACAAUGGGUCCGAAAUAUCAGAACUUCAUCUUUUGUCGACAGACUUAGUUACCACUGAGAAUGAGUUUGAUUCGAACUCUCACAAAAAGAAAAGAUGUGCUUUUAUGUUUUACUCAUUGGUUGGUUGAAAUUGAAGGACAAGUGCGGAAAGUGGAAGAUGAUGUAAAAUCGAUGUGUUGAUAUAAGAUUACUUAAUUGAUUGUUGGUUUAAGCAAACUGGUAUUGAUAAUUAUGUAAUGAGUUGUUCGAAAUCAUGGUAUU